AUGCGUACGUCCGGUGUGCUGCUGUCACUGGCCGUGGCCGGUUGGGCUCGCUCUCUUAGUAGACCAGCUCCUGUCAUCACAAGACGACAGUUGCCCAAGGACCCUACUGGUGUCAAGACUAUCACUACCCCUAACAACGUCACCAUCCGGUAUAAGGAGCCUGGGAAAGAGGGUGUCUGUGAGACGACACCGGGCGUCAAUUCGUAUUCAGGAUACGUUGAUCUUUCCCCCGCCUCGCAUACCUUCUUUUGGUUUUUCGAGGCUCGGCACGAUCCAGAGAAUGCCCCAAUCACCCUCUGGCUAAACGGUGGCCCUGGAAGCGAUUCCUUAAUUGGCCUCUUUGAAGAGCUGGGACCUUGCCAGGUCAACUCCAACAUUGAAUCUUACCUCAAUCCUCACUCGUGGAAUGAGGUCUCCAAUGUUCUUUUCCUCUCCCAGCCAUUGGGGGUUGGGUUCUCUUACAGUGAGACGGAGGAGGGCUCAAUAAACCCCGUUACGGAAGUGGUCGAAAAUAGCACCUACGAUGGGGUCAAGGGCCGCUACCCCAAGAUUGAUGCCACUAUCACAGAUACUACGGAGCUUGCUGCAGAAGCUGCUUGGGAAGUACUUCAAGGUUUCCUUGGUAUUUUACCACAGCUGGACUCAAAGAUCAAGUCUAAGGAUUUCAGUCUGUGGACAGAAAGCUAUGGAGGGCACUAUGGACCAGCCUUUUUCAACUAUUUUCAUGAGCAAAACGAAAAGAUUGCCAACGGCGAGACCGAUGGUAUCCGUCUGAAUUUCAAUUCUUUAGGAAUAAUCAACGGGAUCAUUGAUGAGGCCAUCCAGGCAAAUUAUUUCGCAGAGUUUGCAGUGAAUAAUACCUAUGGGAUCAAGGCUAUAAACGAGACUGUUUAUAACUACAUGAAAUUUGCAAACAAUAUGCCAAACGGAUGCCAGGACCAGGUCGCUCUGUGUAAGAAGACCAACAGGACGUCACUGGCUGAUUACUCUCUCUGCACUGAAGCAACCAAUAUGUGCAGAGACAAUGUUGAAGGGCCAUACUACCAGUUUGGAGGCCGCGGUGUAUAUGAUAUCCGACAUCCGUACGACGAUCCUACACCUCCCCCCUACUACAACAAAUACCUCGAAAAGGAUUCGGUUAUGAAUGCUAUCGGAGUCAAUAUUAAUUACACCCAAUCCAACAACGACGUCUACUAUGCCUUCCAGCAGACGGGUGACUUCGUCUGGCCUAAUUUCAUCGAAGACCUGGAGGAGAUCCUCAAGCUCCCUGUGCGGGUAUCCCUCAUCUAUGGGGACGCCGACUAUAUCUGCAACUGGUUCGGCGGCGAGGCUGUCUCCCUCGCACUAAACUAUACGCACGCAGACAAAUUCAGGGCUGCGGGGUACACCCCACUGACUGUCGAUGGAGUUGAGUAUGGAGAGACUCGCGAGUACGGUAAUUUCUCGUUCACUCGUGUGUACGAAGCUGGCCAUGAGGUCCCGUAUUAUCAACCCAUCGCCGCGCUCCAGCUGUUUAACCGCACCCUAUUCGGAUGGGAUAUUGCGAAGGGAACGAGAAAAAUCUGGCCUGGGUAUACCACCAAUGGAACCGCGAAGGCGACACAUACGGAGUCAUCUGUAGCGCUGCCUUCUGCGACCCCAACCAAGCACUAG